AUGAGGAUUUACGGAGAAUAUUUAUUUAAUGAAUCAGAUUUUAAAGAAGCAGGUUUAGCCUAUUUAUUAUCUGAUGACAAAGUUAAUGCGCUUGAAGCAUAUAAAAAAUGUGGAUUUUGGCGUGAAUCAUUUUCUAUAGCAUAUGAGUUAAAAUAUUCAGAAAAUGAAUUAUUUUCAUUGGCCAAAGAAUUUUCAGAAAUUUUAUCGGAAAAAAGAAGAUAUCAAGAAGCAGCACAGAUUUUAUUAGAUUAUGCAAAGCAAACUGAAGAAGCAAUAUUAUUGUUUAAUAAAGGUCAUCAUUGGUCUGAGGCUAUGCGUAUCUCACAUAUGUAUAAUCGUAUAGAUCUUAUUGAAACUGAUAUAAAACCAAGUGUGAUCGAAGGGUUUAAUAAUUUAUUACAAGAUGUUAAUUCUAUGCUAGAUCAAUUGAACCAUCAGACUGCUCGAUUAAAAGAAAUAAGAAUAACCAAACUUAAUCAAUCAGUGGAUCAAUUUUACGGUGAAGAAGUUUUAGAAGUUUCAGAUAAUGUUGAUGUGUUAUCUGAUACAAGUUCAAUGGUGAGUGGAUUUUCUCGAUAUACACAAUCAAUAACACAAUUAAGCGUUAAUACUAAUAAAAGCGGAAAAAGCGCAAAAAGUAGACGUAGAGCUGAAAGAAAACGUGCUAGAGGUAAAAAAGGAAGUAUAUAUGAAGAAGAAUAUCUUAUUGAUUCUUUGAAAAGAUUAAUUGAAAGGUUUAACAAUACCCAAG